AUGCCUGAGGAAGUGACUUACGCGACUCUCAAAUUUCCAAAUCCUUCUAAGUCAGUGCAACUCCAGGAGUGCUGUAGUCUCAAGAGAACAGAAAACCAUGAAGUGCCAGAAGCGGAGCUGGACCAGGGCGCUGGGAGCGAGGCGAGGGACCCCGAGCGCCCCGCUGCGGCGGCGGGGAGCAGGGCGGCCGCAGGACAGUACGUUCCAUCAAAAUUAUGGGGCCCUGUUGCUUUCGUUUUCCUGAUGCUGAACUUGAUAGUGCUGGCUGCACUGGGAACCCUGAUCUUAAUGAAUUACCACCAACUCUCCUUCAGCAACAGUACAGCUUAUGACGGGCAACCAAGCGCCCUGGAACAGCUGGAGAGAACUAUCACCUUAUACAUGGAUAUGUAUAAAAAUGUCUCAAGUGAGCACACUGUUUUCAAAAAUAUGUUAGAAGACACAUUAAAGCAGUGGAACAACUCUAUGUCAAAAUGCUAUGAAGACUUAAUGAAGGAGAAGAAUGACCUCAGAUGUUGCUCAUGUACAAAGUCAUGCACACAACAUGAAAAUAAGGAAAGGAGUCUCUUCCCCCUGAGAUGUGAAGUGAAAAAUUGUAACUUAACUCAGCUGUUCAUUACAUGUCUUCCUUCACCUGUCUCUGGGAUGAAGCGGAAUCAUAUGCCCACCAUGACAACUAAGGCAGAGAAUGUUUCAGAAUUUUGCAUUUUGACCUAUUUGAAUCUGAAGUUUAACUUCAUGUAUAAUGUGAAACCAGGAUCUACCUCUAAUUUUACACCUUUAUUGCUGGAAUUCUACCAUGUUGCCCUUUUGAAACAGUACACCAAAAGAUACAGGCAGUUCAUAGGGUUUGAGUGGAACCAAAUGCGCGGCUCAUUAAAAGGCAAGAAGUAUGAGAGCGUUAUGACAAUGAACCUCAUCCUGAGAACCAAGAAACCCGGGGUGGAGGUCUGUGCCAUCAUGGUAAAGCCCUUCCUUUCCCCUCAACCCAGCACUCACAGUCCUUCCCCAUCCAAAGAGGUUCAGCCAGAAUUAUCUGCCCCUCAAUGA